AUGACAGUUAUAGAAGACCGGACAGAAGCUCUUCUUGAAUGGAUCAAGAAUACCGAGGAUGAAACCUUCAAACCCUCGACCCAUUCGUUUAUCUCUCCAAAGAUAGAAAUCAAGCAAUUCGAACAAAGUGGAAGAGGUAUCGCAGCCAAAGAUGACAUUAAAAGAUCCCAACAGAUCUUGCGGAUACCCCAUUCGUUCCUCCUCAAUUUCACAACGGUAGUGAGUCACAUUACAAGACACAACUCAAAUAUCAAGCUCAAGGAGCCUUACUAUUUGGGAAUUUACGUUCCUUUAGAAUCUACGAAUAAUAAUGAUAAGUUCACGAAUAUAUACAAGAGCCUUGAGCUACAAGAUUUAUUGGCAUUAACAUCGUUCCAGCUACUAUCGCUCUAUCUAUGUUUUGAAAGACAGAGAAUACACUCCUCGUUCUGGAAACCGUUCCUCGAGAUGCUUCCAGAUAUCUCUGAUUUUCUGUUAAAUCCAUUGAUUUGGCAAGUUUUGCAAGUAGACCAAUGGGAAGAGCUCAUACAAUUUCUUCCAGAAUCGGCCAAGAGGCGUGCUGAGGAUGUGUACGAAAGAUUCUUGGAAGACUACGUCGUUGUCAGAGCUCUUGUGUCGAGAAUCCUCGACGACUUGAAGUUAAGUGAAUCUUCUGCAGAUGAGUAUAUUCCCGUCGACCUUUUUCUUUGGGCCUGGAUGUGUAUCAAUUCUCGUUGUCUCUACAUGACGAUUCCUCAGGGUAAGACGAAUGCCGAUAACUUCACCAUGGCACCAUAUGUCGAUUUCCUAAACCAUUCUUGCAAUGAUGAGUGCAGCAUUCUCAUCGAUACGACUGGAUUCCAUGUUCGUACCACCACACCAUAUAUGCCAGGCGACCAAUUGUUUCUCAGUUAUGGUCCUCAUUGUAAUGAAUUCUUGCUUUGUGAGUACGGUUUCGUGAUUCCUCAUGAUAACAAAUGGAACGAUCUUGACAUUUCAGCAUACAUUAUUCCGCUUCUCAAACCUCAGCAUGUCGAGUUCUUGAAAGAAAAUGAUUAUUUUGAUAAAUAUACCAUGACAAACGAAGGGAUUUCGUUCAGAACAGAAGUAGUGCUAGCAACUGUGCAAGAAAAUAGUCCUCUGGUGUCCAGAAGACUCCAAGCACUAUUGAAUGGCAUUGGGGAUGGGGCUACUUUCAAGAGCCACUCUCAUGUUCUCUUGAAAGAAAUAAUCAAAAAAGUACUACACGAAUGCGAUCAGUACAAGCAUCUCGAGUACAACGACGACAAGGACAUUAAUACUCGAGAACGAAAGAAAACCAUUGGUAUUCUCUACAAGAACAGAAGCGAGAUAGCCAAUAACAUUCUUUCCACGCUAGAAUGA